CAGUUCCAGGCGGCCAUGAAGGCCCUGGAGAGCGGGGAGGAGGCGGGCGGCAGCGAGGAGGAGGAGGAGGAGGAAGAAGUGCUGGCCCUGGAGCUGCCCGAGGAGGACAGCGAGGAGGAGGAGGAAGGCGGUGAGGAGGAGGAUGAAGCGUUGGGGCUCCAGCUCACUGUGGAGCAUAGUGCGGAGGAGGAUGGAGGCGGUGAGGAGGAGGAUGGAGGCGGUGAGGAUGAAGAGGAGGAUGCGGAUGGAGGCGGUGAUGAGGAGGAUGAGGACGAAGAUGAAGACGGGGAGCUGUCCAUGGAGAGCGACCUGGAGGAGCGCGGCCGGGACGCCGAGCUGCCGCACGAGCUCUCGUGGGGCAAGCGCAAGCAGCUCUACUACGACACGGACUACAGCGGCGAGGGCAAGGGCAAGGGCAAGCGCGGCCGGCAGGACCUCGAUGCCGAGGAGGAGGAAGAGGAGCAGGAGGCCCAAGUCGUGCAGAGGCGCUUGGUGCAGGACCUGGGCGAGGAUGACUUCGGGCUGGACGUGAUCCAGGGCUACCUGGCGGAGCAGCGGAAAGCCCAGCAGGCCGACAAGGGGCAGAAGAUCGCCAAGGAUUUCCAGGCCCUUUCCAAGAAGGAGCAGUUGAAGCUGCUCAAGCAGGAGUCCCCCGAGCUCCUGCAGCUCAUCGAGGACUUUGAGGUGAAGCUGAUGGAGCUCAAGGACGAGCUGCAGCCGCUGCUCCAAAUGGUCAAGAGCGGCAGCAUCCCGCAAGGGAAAGGCAGUCGCUAUCUGCAGACCAAGUUCCACCUCUACCUGAACUACUGUGCCAAUAUCAGUUUCUAUUUGGUUUUGAAGGCCAAGCGGAUGCCGGUUCACAGUCACCCUGUCAUCGAAAGACUGGUUGCUUACCGAAAUAUCAUCAAUGAUCUCGCCGGGGUAGAUCAGAAGCUGUCGUCGCAAGUGCGUCUGCUUCUGAAGAAGUUUUACGACAAGAAGGAGGUCAGACCACGGGAGCAGAAGGUGUUCCCGGUGCUUCCCCCGCAGGCUGCCAAGAAAAACAAACGCAAAGGUGCCCCUGCGUUUACCAACGGCCGCAGUGGUGCUGGUGAGGAGGAGUCGGACCUGGAUGAAGAAGCAGCUCUGCGAUACUAUAAGAUGAUGGAGGAAAAGGUGAAGCUCAAGAGGAAGAGAGCUGCUGAGCAGGACAUGCUAGAGGAGGAAGUGGAGGAGGAGGAGGAGGAGGAGGAGGACCCAAAUAAAAAGAGAGGGGUCACCUACCAGAUGAUCAAGAACAAAGGCCUCACCCCCAAAAGGAAGAAGAUCGAUCGCAACCCCCGCGUGAAGCACCGGGAGAAGUUCCGGCGCGCCAAGAUCCGCCGCAAGGGCCAAGUGCGCGAAGUGCGCAGGGAGCUGCACAGAUAUUCCGGAGAACUGUCUGGGAUCCGCGCCGGAGUCAAGAAGAGCCGCAAGCUCCAAUGACACUUGCUUUUUCCU